GAAGGGUUUUCUUAAGAAUACUAGUGGUGCUCAUCAUUAUAGGGCGGUGACACAAAACUUGACCAUGGUGCUUGAUGAGGCUCUUGCUUUGUAUGGGAAGAGUACUAUGACUACUGAUGAGGCAAUGAACGUGCCACAUGGACAAAACUCCAACCCCAGGUCAAAUGGAGGGCUUUUAGCAUCAUGGAGUCCAGCAACAUCCAGGGCUGACUUUGUGGUUGCAAAAGAUGGUUCAGGCACUCACACAACACUUAACCAAGCCGUGGCUGCACUUGCUAGAAUGGGUCACAGGCGACCUCCAAGAGCCAUAAUCUAUGUGAAAUCCGGAGUCUACAAUGAGAAGGUGGAGAUUGGUGGACAUAUGAAGAAUGUGAUAAUUGUUGGGGAUGGCAUGGACAGAACUGUAAUCACUGGUAGCCGCAGUGUCGUGGACGGUGACAGCACUUUGACCUCAGCCACAUUCGGUGUCUCCGGGGAUGGUUUCUGGGCGAGGGACAUAACGUUUGAGAAUACGGCCGGUCCACAAAAGCACCAAGCAGUGGCAUUGAGGGUCAGCUCUGACCUGGCAGUGUUUUACCGAUGCAGCAUUAAGGGGUACCAAGACACUCUCUACACCCAUUCCCUAAGGCAAUUCUACCGUGACUGUCACAUAUAUGGCACAAUCGAUUUCAUAUUCGGUGACGCCCCCGUCGUGCUACAAAAUUGUGACAUUCUUGUGAGGAGGCCAAUGGGGCACCAAUCCAACAUGAUCACUGCCCAAGGACGCGACAACCCGGGAGAGAACACGGGCAUUGUUAUUCAAGGUUGUAGCGUUAGACCUGCGAGGGAGUUUGAGGGGGUUAAGGGUUCGUAUAGGACUUACCUUGGUCGGCCGUGGCAGAGAUACUCGAGGACUCUGUUCUUGAAGACAGAUUUGGAUGGUUUGGUUGAUCCAAAGGGGUGGACGGAAUGGAGAGGUAGGUUUGCACUUUCAACACUGUAUUAUGGGGAGUAUAUGAAUGUAGGGGUGGGUGCCUCAACUGACAAGAGGGUUAGAUGGCCUGGUUUUCAUGUGCUUAAUGGUCCACAGGAGGUCAGCCCUUUCACAGUUAGUCGUUUCAUUCAAGGAGAGUCAUGGAUUCUAGGCACUGGUGUGCCAGUUUGGCUUGGAAUAUAA